AUGAACGCAGUCGCAGAAAGACCGCCAAUAGUUGCAGCGGCUGGGAGGAAGGGGCAUCUGUCACCCCAGAGGGACGGAAAGGCAGUGAGGCGGAGGCCCGAGGGUGAGGACGAUGAGCGACGAUUAUUGGACUGGAGGGGCCACGGAGGGAGGCACCCUACCCAAAGUAGUGUUGAGUUCGACAGGCAGUUGGACAAAAUUUCAAUGUGGAUGGAAAACUGGAGCCACUCACAGCGAUGUCAGUUGAUGGAAAACCUUUUGCGUCGGAGCGGACAUAACCAGUUUCAGUUCCUUUAUACUGUGAUGCAGCCUAAUGUCCACCGUGAUUUUAUCUACAAUGCUAAAUCUCACUUCCCUGGCAUGGACUUCAAGUCGGUCAGCACACCUGCCAUGAGAGAUGCACAGAGGAGACUGAAGCUGUAUCGCCAGGACAACUACUUCAGGGAGAAAAGUGCUCACCUUAAGGACGACUCCCAGGUGACACACCUGACUGAGGAACAUAAUGAAAUGGGGAUACGACUACCUCAGAUCCCUACUGGGGCCAAAUACAACACUGACAAGGGAACUGAUAUGAGUGUAAUCAACUUUAAAUCUAAGCAUAAAAAGAAAGGAUCAAGCUUCCCAAAAAUCAUCACAUCCAACGCUUUACCUAAAAAUCACAAAAAUAAACCAAAGCCGGUCAAGUCAGUUGUCAAUUCUGAUGAAAUAGCAGCUGUCAAUGCCAGUGCACCUGUAUUACGAUUUAUUGACAUGCCAAUCCGUCGCCAUAUCCAGGAUGAGGGAAACAUGCGUUAUCUCGGGUCAUCUCUCAGCUCCCUCCCAGUAUCUAUCCGGUAUACCCUGGAAUCCUCCGUCAGUUUCAUCCAGGAAGACCAGAACCAGCCGCAGAAAAAGAAAAAGAAGAACGUACUAGACGAGGAGGCGUGGUCUGUGAUACACUGGUACCAAGAAGAGUGGUCAGAUGUGAGGAAGAAUGAAUUUCUUCACAAAUUUCUCCUCAAGCUUGAUCCCAGACAACACUAUUUUAUAUCCAGCUUUUUAUCGAUGCGACAUUACCGAGAUUUCCUAACUAUGCUACCAGAGCACAUAUCUCUGAAGAUCCUGUACUACUUGACACCUGAAAAAAUACUCAAGUGCACUCUGGUGAGUAAGGCAUGGUAUGCCAUGGCAAACUCUAAUAAGCUUUGGGGGUGGAAGUGUGAAGAAGUCCAAAUCCUGGUCCCUAUACCUACAAAUCCGUGCUGGAAACACAUCUACAGGGAUAAUAUGCAUCUAAAAAUGAACUGGAACAGUGGCUCAUGUCGUACACUGGACCUCAAGGGACAUUCUGACACAGUGGAGACAGUAACCUUCAACCACCGGUUGUUUGCAAGUGGUAGUCAGGACAGGACCAUACGGAUCUGGGAUAUAAAGACUGGGCGUCCUCUCCAGGUCCUUAAGGGACAUGACAAAGGAGUAUGGUGCCUCAACUUCUUCACAGAGACCCUCCUGGUCAGUGGGUCAUAUGAUGGGACAAUUAAGGUGUGGAACCUACGGACAGGGAGCACUGUCCGCACCUUGCUUGCUCACGAUGGUCCAGUGUGGGCAAUGGUUCGACACAACAACAUUCUAGUGACUGCUUCACAGGACAAGACGGCUAAAAUUUGGGACAUAUCUCGAUGUUACCUGAUACACAACCUAUAUGGUCACACAGAGGCUGUGUUUGCUGUCGACCUAAGUGAAGAUGGAACACUAACUAUAACAGGUUCAGCGGACCGUACUCUGCGGAUCUGGGACACACAAACAGGUGUUCAGAAGAAGAUGAUUUGGGUGAGCCAGAGUACCUCUAUCAUGUCUGUCAGCUACAGUAAGGGCUAUGUGGCCUGUAGUUAUGGUGAAACAAUAUGUUUGUACAGAUUGGAACGACCAAAACUGAUGAAGACAUAUGAGGAGCAUGAAAAAAGAAUAGAGACUCUAGAACUAAAGAUGGACGACACAAAGGAAGUGACUGGGACCAUCAUUAGUGCUGGUCAAGAUGGGAUGGUCAAAUACUGGGACAUACAAAAGGGCACAAGUGUGCGUACCUUCAAAGGACAUGUGGGAUCUGUUAAAAGUAUUCGCUUUGAUGAGUUAAGGAUAGCAACAGGUGCAAAGGACAAAAUUAGAAUAUGGGAUUUCACUUACCAGGAAAAGAAAGAGACAAGAAACAGAACUGCUGAUGAUGACAGUAAUAUUUCCAAAUCGCCCUCCAAAGAUGUUCAUUCGACUUCUGCAGGUUCAAAUCAGGGGAAGGAAUUCCCUGGAACUCCUAAAUCAAUCAAAAUCAAGGUUCUACAUGGCACUCCUGCAAACACUCCAAGGGAAAAGGAAGUUAAAUCCUCUGGUUCACCCAGAGGAAAGGACACUCACAGAACUAGUAAUAAUCCUAAAGGAUCUAAAGAAAAUCACGAAAAAUUGAAUACAUCCCUGGAAAUGAAGGGAACUAGUAGUUACCCAAAAGAAACCAAAGGAACACCUGACAAAUUGAUGAAGACAUCACAGGUCAAACCUUCUCUUCCAGAGGUCAUAGUGACAGAAAGUAGAUAA